AUGUCCAUCACUCCCGAGGACGCCUUUGGCCCUGACUCUCCCUGCAAUCUCGACACCUGCCCCAUCGACUACAGUCUGUACGGUUACCGACCUUCUCUCGCCGCCAACAUUGUUUUUGUCGUUCUCUUUUCUCUCAUCGGCUUUGUACAUGUCUAUCUCGGUUUCCGAUGGAAGAGCUGGGGUUUCAUGACUGGUAUGCUUCUGGGUUGUAUCUCUGAGGUUAUUGGUUAUGUCGGUCGUAUCAUGAUGUGGUACAACCCUUUCUCUUUCAACGCUUUCAUGAUUCAAAUUGUCUGUCUUACGAUCGCUCCCGUCUUCUACACUGCUUCCAUCUAUGUCACCCUUUCCAAGGCGAUCAACUACUUCUCUCCCGAACUCUCCCGCUUCAAGCCUCAACUCUUCAUCUGGAUCUUCAUCCCCUUCGACAUCGUCUGCCUCAUCCUCCAAGCCGCUGGUGGUGCCAUGUCCACUGAAUCCGACAGCCAAGUUGGUGUUGAUGUCUCCAUGGCUGGUCUUGUCCUCCAGGUUGUCGUCCUCGUUGCCUUCAUCGCCGCUUUCUCCGACUACAUGAUCCGAUACUGGCGAUCUGGUCAAGCUCAGACUUUCGGCUGGCGCAUGACUGCUUUCUUCUUUGGUCUCUCUGCUUCCAUCAUCCUCAUCCUCACUCGAUGCAUCUACCGUGUUGCUGAGCUCCGCGAGGGUUACGAUGGUGAUCUCAUCAAGCAUGAGGUUCCUUUCAUCAUCCUUGAGGGUAUCGUCAUUGUCCUUGCUGCCGUCGCUCUCUGCUUCGGACACCCCGGUCUCGUCUUUAACAAGAGCGAGGUUACCAACUCCGUCUCUCAGGUUGAGAAGGGUGCCACUUCCGGCUCAGACAAUUAA